UAUUUUUUGACAACAAAAGUGACCACGUGCUUCAAAGUGUAAUUGACUUUUCUAUCUUUUGCACUGGAUAUUGGUUAAGAUCAGGAAUUAUUCAGUAUCGAUUUUGUUUACUGAUCAAACUUGUAACAAUGGGUAUAUUUGGUGAUUCCAAGGGGAAAAAAAGUAGCAAGAAACAAAGAAAACCUAAGCCAAUCGUGAAAACACGAAAGGAAUUACGCAAGGAAAAACGGCAGCGGAAAAAGAAUAACAGGGCUGAAUAUUAUGCGAAGAAGAAUCAGUUACCUGGAAAAUCAAGUUUGAAUCCUAACCAUGACAAACCAUCAGUAAAGUCUACGGUACCUCAAAGCACGAAUAAAAAUGCUACUCUUGAUUUAGCGAAGAAAAAACAGGAACAAGAAAAAAAACAACAGCUGCGAUUAGAAAAAGAAAUGAAAAGAAACAGAAAAAUUCAUUUAAAAGAAGCCAACAUUGCGGAAGAUAAGAUUAUCAAGCAGUUGGAAAAAAAUCUGAAACUAAACAAACGGAAGAGCAAAUCAGUACCCAAGUCUUUCGCAGCUGAUGGCCUCAGUUACUUACUAGAAAUGUGUGACGAUGAGAACAGAAAGCUUGCCGUCGAAACUGAAAAGCAACUGUUAGCUGCAGAGUCAGGGUCAGAAUUGGAAGACGAUUUCAUCAUGAUCACAGAUGCCGCGAGCAAAAAACAGCAGGAAUUGUCCAGGAGUUAUAAAUCUGAUGAUGGCGAGAGCCUUGAUUCAAAUAUUUCAGGUAAUUCCGAAAUUGAUGAGCAUAGUAGUAAUGAAGGGGAAUCAUCUUGUGCAAAGAAUAUGACUGAACAGCAAAUGAAUCGCACUAGUAAACGAAAAGCUGAUUCUGAAAAUGCAGCUCCAGUUGUACCACGCAAAAAAAUGUUAGCCACGAUUGACUCUUCUAAUAGUGACACAGAGCCCUCUAUGGGUGACAGUGAUCCUGACGAGGACGAGAUACUGGAAGUUGUGGAAGAUGAAACGGAUUCUGAAAAUCCCAAGGAAGGUGCUGAUGAAGAAUCCAAUCAGCUUUGGGAAGAUAUAUAUGGUAGAACAAGAGAUAAGUUAGGAAAUAUUGUAUCACAUACUACCGGUAAAUAUGUCCCACCUGCAGUGAGGGAUAAACUGAAAAAUUCCGAUUCCUUAAAAGACGAAAAAUUGAUAAGACUCAAAAAACAAAUAAAAGGCUUAUUGAAUAGAUUGGCUGAACACAACAUGCAUAGUAUUGUCUCACAGUUGGAUGAACUGUACAUGUCCCACAGUCGUAACGACAUGAACGAAAUGUUGUUUACUUUGAUGAAAGAAUCUAUCGUUGCUCCAGUGCUGACACCAGAUCGCCUUAUCACAGAACACAUGAUGCUCGUAGCGAUCCUUCAUGCAAAUGUUGGAACGGAAGUUGGUGCACAUUUCCUGUUAUCUUUAAUAAAAGAGUUUGACGAAAUGUUAAACAGUUCACCAGAAGUUGAAAAUAAAGAGUUGGACAACAUCAUACUGAUGAUUUCACACCUGUAUAAUUUUAAGGUAUACGACUCUCAACUUUUGUUCCAAGUACUUACAAGACUAUCGGAAAAGUUCAUGGAAAAAGAAGUUGAAUUAAUUUUGCAUGUUCUGAAAACUGUAGGUUUUGUUAUGAGAAAAGAUAACCCAACUAUGCUGAAGGAGUUUAUAUUCAAGUUACAACAAAAAGCUGCAGACACGACUGAGAAUAGCUCGAGGGUUCAGUUUAUGUUGGACAUUUUGCUGGCGAUUAAAAACAAUAAUAUGACAAAAAUCCCGCAGUACGAUCCAACACACGGUGAACACUUGAAAAAGCUUAUGAAGACUUUAGUAAGGAAAGGAAACUAUGUAACCCAACUAAAUAUAUCGCUAGACGAUUUAUUAAAAGCUGACCAACGGGGUAAAUGGUGGAUAGUCGGGUCAGCAUGGUCAGGAAACACAGAUAUUGUAAAACCCAUUCAAAAAACCGAUACUAGUGUAACAACAUUUAGUCAAAAAAUAUUGGACUUGGCUCGCAAGCAGCGCAUGAACACAGACAUUAGAAGAAAUAUAUUCUGUGUGCUAAUGACGGCAGAAGAUUUCCUUGAUGCGUUUGAAAAGCUUCAUCACCUAGGAUUGAAGAAUCAACAGGAUAGAGAAGUCAUUUAUGUGAUUCUAGAUUGUUGUCUCCAAGAAAAAAAAUUCAAUCCCUAUUACGCUGUGUUGGCACAAAAAUUUUGUGACUACGACCGGAAAUACCAGAUGACUAUACAAUACACUUUAUGGGACAAAUUAAAGACUUUGGAAAAUUAUACAAACAAUCAACUGACAAAUCUUGCAAGAUUUUUAACUCAUUUAUUCAUUGAAAAGGGGCUUGCUUUGUCCGCAUUGAAGGUAAUUCAAUUUGGGGAGCUGGAUAAACCUACCUUAAAACUCGUCAGACAAAUCAUGCUUGGAAUUCUUCUUCACGAAAGUACAGAUGCCUGUACCCAAGUUUUUGAAAGAAUAUCACUGUCACCACAACUACAGAAUUUCCGAGAAGGUCUCAGAUUAUUUAUACGCCAUUUUCUUCUAAAGAAUAUCAAAGUUGGAAUAAUACCAGAGGCAGAAAUGGUUAAAUUAAAAGAAAGAGCUGAAAUUGCUGAAAACACGCUCACAAAACAUGGAGUCAAGACAGUAUUUUAGAACUUCAUUGAGAUACGCACUACAUGUACGCACACAUGCCAUUUAACGUAAUAAGUAAUUCGGCUUACUACAGCACGCACGGAGCACAGUUUCCUGAGUAUUGGCUUUAUAUCCAUACAAUAACAUGUUUUUUUCCAUUAAAAGUGAGUAAAAGGAAAAGACACUAAUGCUCGCCCAGCAGAUUCUUGAAAGCAGUAAUUUCUGUUGGGUAAAAGCUGGAAAGGAAAUCAUACUAAGUGCUUUUCAACGAAUUCACUGUACACUCAUCCUCAGAAAUACGGAAUUGCGCGUUGUAAUGUGUAA